AUGUUACUUAGACAAUGUUUUGGUAUAAACGAUUCUAAUAAUGAUCACGAAGAUGGGAAUACAUUGAAUUGCAAUAUUUAUCAUCUUGCUCGACGACUCAAAACAUUGAAACCGAUUAUAUCAAAAUUUGAGUUUUUACCAAAUGAAUUAAUAUUAAACUUAUUUGAAUAUUUAUAUUGUGAUGAUAUCAUCUAUGCAUUUAAUAAUCUUAAUUAUCGUUUUCAAUUAUUAUUAUAUACAUAUGAAUAUUAUCAUUUAAAUUUUGAUCAAAUAAUAAUGAAAUCAAAAUUUAAUCUUAUUGAGAAUUUACCACUUAACAUUCAACAUGUUAAAUCAUUAACAUUAUCGAAUAAUAAUUACUCAUGUACAAAUAUUGAACAAUGUUUAUUAAAAUAUCCUAUUGAAUUAUUUUAUAUUAGACUUCAAUCAUUGUCAUUUUUUCCGAAGGAUGAUGAUCAAUUACUAUAUCUUAUUUUAUUAUUACCAAAUUUUCAACAAUUAAAAUAUUUAUUAAUAUCUCAAAAAUUGUGUACAAAUCCUGGUGAUAAUAUAAUAAAACAAAUUCGUGAUAUAAUAUUAUUUGAAAUAAAAACAUUAAAAUAUUUUACAUGGGAUAAUGAAAGUUCAUUUUUUACAAGAAUGAAUGAAGCAAUGUCAAUAGAAAAAUCAACGAUCGAAUAUUAUGAAUUUCGUCGGAUGAAUAUUGAUGAGUUUGAAUGGCUAAAUUUUCACACUAUAAAUAUGAAAUCAAUUCAUAUUUAUGCCGCUUUCUUUUAUAGUUAUUCAUAUCAACAACAACAAGCAUUUGAAACAUUGACCUGUAUGAAAAUUGACGAGUUUCGUGAACCAAUGAACUUUCAAAAUUUGUUUAAAUUUUUGUCAUUCUUAAUACGAUUGAAACAAUUAGAAAUUAAAGGUCUUUAUUGUGAGGAAAAUAUGUAUACUGAUGGUAAUAGAUGGGAAAAUUUUAUUCAAGAAUAUAUGCCGCAGUUAAAAAUUUUUAAAUUUUUCUUCACUCGAUGGGAUCGACACAUAAAUAUUGAGGUAGUAAUCGCAUCAUUUAUGACAAACUUUUGGUUAAUAGAAAAAAAAUGGUUUGUUACAUGUGAUCAUAAGGUGAACGAAGGUAUCUUAUAUAUCUAUACAGUACCAUAUAUGAAAAAUAAAUUCAAAUAUUUGACAUCAUGUCAACGAAUAUCAACAGCAAAAAUAAAUGAUACUUCAAAUAUUCGUCAAUUAAUUUUACAUGAAAUUAAAACAAAGGAUAUAAUAUUAAAAGAUCAUUUUACCAAUCUACAAUCAUUAGAAAUAUGGAAAAUAUCGGAUGAUAUAACCUAUGAUCAAUUGAAUCGAUAUGUAAAUAUAUCAUCAAUUAAAAAUAUAGUAUUUAGAUCUCGAAUUAAUUCAAAUUUAUUCUAUGAUAUUUUAAAAUAUAAUACAACACAAAUAUCAAUUGAAAUAGAUUAUAAUUAUCUAAUAAAAAUUUUAAGAAGUACAACAUAUUAUAAUCGUCGUCAAAUCAUAAUUGAAUUAAAGAAAAUUAAACAAUUAGAAAUUGAUUCUUGGAGGGUGGAGGGAUUAACAAAAAAACAAAUUAGAAAAAUUUGUUAUUUAUUUUCAAAUAUCGAACAAUUAAUUAUUAAAAGAGCAUUUAGAUCAAAACAAUUGAUACCAUUAUUAAUAUGUAAAUUAAAAUAUUUAUCUUUUUUGAGUAUACAUUAUUUGGAAUCUGCACCAAUAACAGAAAUAAGCAAUUCAAAUUUUCGACAAUGGUUAAUAGAUCAAUCAAGAACAAAAUUAAAUGAAAAUAAUUUUAUUUGUAAAUGGUCUGAAAGACAAUUUUAUAUAUGGAUUGAUUAA